GGAUUCCAAUGAAGAGGGGUUGAAACUAAUAUGGACGCAGUGCAUGCCGAUCCGAUUCCUCGCUUUCAUGUGCGCCACUGCCUGUGUCACCUGCUGGCUUAAUAUAAGACACACUGCGGUCGACUCUCGUUUUCAACCCUACCAACCCACGAUGAUAUCCUCGAUACAGACCGCCAUUCUGGCGGGCAUAUUGUCGCACGUUGCCUAUUUUCAUCAUGGCGAGCAUCAUCUCUACGGAACAAUCUAUCUGAAGCUCUUUGGCGCUCUGUACACGACUUCGGUCGCUUUGCUGCAUGUAUCAUGGGGAACUGCAUGGAUGGAGGCCUGGGCCACCGUCUCAUUGCAUGCGACAUCCUACCUCGUUGGGGUCUUUGGCAGCCUGCUUGUGUAUCGCCUGAUGUUCAAUCCUUUGGCAGACUUUCCAGGUCCGUGGGCCGCCCGAAUCUCAAGUCUUUGGUUCCCAUUGCAGUUCCGGAACAACAACCGACAUUUCAAGCUGGUCGAGCUGCACGACAGAUACGGCCCUUAUAUUCGAAUUGGACCCGCCGAACUCUCGAUCAUCGACCCCAAGGCUAAUGACAUCAUCUACGGAUCGUCUUCCCCCUGCACAAAGAGCACCUUCUAUGAUCACUCGUACCCCAACAACUCGUUGCAAACGACCCGGGACCCGGUACAGCACCAACAGCGACGGCGAUUAUGGAGCAGGGCGUUCGGCAGCAAGCGGCUGCGUGGGUAUGACCAGCGCAUCCGUAAGUAUCGCCGGAAACUGGUCGAUCAGUUGGUCAAGAUGAACGGUCAACCGGUGAAUGCAAACAAGUGGUUCGGUCUGUACUCAUAUGAUGUGAUGGGAGACCUCGCCUUCGGGGAGGGGUUUGGGAGUCUGGAGCGAGGCGAACAUCACUGGGCCAUGCAACUGAUCGUUGAGGCAUUGGAGGCCAUGGGGAUCGGCUUGCCCACAUGGCUGUUCCGUAUGGUAGUAGCUAUUCCAGGACUGAUGAAAGGGUGGCGGAAGUUAUUGGAAUAUAGCGAAGCGAGACUGAUGGAGAGGAUGAAUAAUGAACCUGAUGUCCCCGACAUCAGCGCAUCGCUCCUGGCCCCGCUGAAAGGCCAAGCACCUGAUGCAGAAGAACGACUGUGGUUAGGCGGUGAUUGCCGAUUGAUCAUCGUCGCAGGCAGUGAUACUACCACCAUCACCCUUACUGCUCUUUUCUAUGAGCUAGCCAAACACCCUGAACAAAUCGAAAGGCUUCGCGCAGAGCUCACCCCAUAUGUUGAGGGUGACCUACAUGAAGGCUUUCUCGAUGACAAAAUCAGUCAUCUGGAACACCUGAACGGUGUGAUCAACGAAGCACUGCGCUUAUACCCAGCUGUUCCGUCGGCAAUACCACGGGUCACUCCUCCGGAAGGCAUCAGCGUGAACGGAGUGUUUAUCCCAGGCAACACCACUGUUAUCUGUCCGGCGUAUGUCAUGGGACGGUCGGAAUUGAGCUAUAAAAAGCCGCUAGAGUUUAUCCCCGAGCGGUGGUACCAACAGCCGGAGCUGAUUCACGACGAGUCGGCUUUUGCGCCAUUCAGCAUCGGUGCUUACAACUGCAUUGGCAAGCCAUUGGCUCUUCAGAAUCUGCGAACGACGGUGGCGCAGUUGGUGAUGACCUUUGAUGUGCAAUUUGCACCGGGAUUUGAGGCGGACAAAUUUGUUGAGAGGUCUAAGGACAAUGCUGCAUUGGAGUUUGGGGACUUGGACCUGGUGUUCACGCCCCGAAAGUUGUAGGCGGACGAAUUAUUACGUCGGUGGUUGAAGGAACAAGCGUGUUUCAGCUCCACCCGUGUUUCAGAAUGCGAAUACGACAGGGACGAGUCUUCGGUAGACUAGAACAAGCAUCAGGGGAUUAGAAAUUGGCACGUCAGCAGGCGUGAAGAUCAUCGAGGAAUAUACAUGAUUGCUUUGUUGCCUG